CAUCGAAACUGAAUACACUCUCGAAAGGAUUAAGCAAAAAUGGAUCAGCACAGUGCCGACAACUGCAGAUGCCACAAGCAAACGCAGCCGGCACAGCAGACGCUUAGCGACAUGGACUUUGAUCGGGGCAUAUGGAAUGCAGCCAUCUAUAAUGAGGUAGAUCGUGUAAGGGAUUUCAUCAGGAAGGGCCAGGCCAUGGCGAGAGAUGACUGUGACUAUACGGCUCUGCAUUAUGCGGCACGCAGUGGCAACGCACAAAUCUGCAAGCUCCUCAUUGACGAGGGCAAAGUGGAUGUGAAUGCGGCGACCAAGGCUGGUGCCACAGCACUUCAUCGGGCAGCCAUGAUGGGUCAUCUGGAUAUAGUGAAGCUCUUGACGGAACACAAGGCUAAUCUCCUGCUGCAGGAUGAGUGCGGGCAGAGCUCGCUACAUCGUGCAGCAUUGCGUGGCCACCUGGAGGUUUGUCGCUACCUACUGGAGCAGGAGCCAACACUGAAACAGCUCAAGGACAAGAAGGAUAAAUUUGCAUUUGAGUACAUCAUGGAGAAUGCGAAUGACGACUUUAAGCUACUGCUAAAGCCCUAAGGGGCGUCAUUCUGCAUACAAAUUGUCGUUUACAAUGUCGUUUUCUUUUUAAUCUAAGAACAAAAAAGUGAAAUAUUUCUUUAAAACUCUGUAUUGUUUAUUAAGAAAGUCAACAUGUAUGUAUCUUUUUUUCUAAAAUUGCAUCCGAUAUCUAAAAUUCUAAUUUACAAAUUGCAUGUGUAAUAUACCCUCUUGAGUUACGUUCCGUCAGAGAUACAAUAGAUUGUAUGUGGGCGAAAAGUAAUCUUAACUUUGGCAUAGUCAAAUAAAUAACCCAUAUAAAUAUCUACAUAAAGACUACAAAUAUACACAUGUCUGUGCAAAGUAAUUUAGUUCAUGUCUCCCAAACAGAUGCAAGUAGCGAGAGCAUUCGUGUGGGGGAGACACAGUUCCAAAUAUGUAAUACAUUGUAAGAAAUUAAUAUCACAUUAGAGUUGUGCAAGGAUUGUGUUGGUAUCUCUGAUCGAACUCGGAUUGGAAUAUGGAAUAUGGAAUAACCCUAACACUCUCCUAUUCACAAAUAUAGACAUUCAGAGAUGGGCCUUACCAUAAAUAUAUUGGCCAAUAUACGAAACUAAAAGCUACAUACCAUAUACCCCCACAUAUUUAAAACCUAUAUAAUCUGAAUAAAUUCUUAAUCCCACGACUCGGGCGAUCUGUA